AUUCAUUACUCUACCUUAAAUCAAUUAUAAAAAGAAAUGAGUGAUAAUAAAAAUGACAAAAAGGAAAUACGCGUAUGGUGUGAUGGGUGUUAUGAUAUGGUCCACUUUGGUCAUGCGAAUUCUCUCAGACAAGCCAAAGCAUUGGGCGAUGUGCUGAUCGUAGGUGUACACACCGAUGAAGAAAUUUCUAAGCACAAGGGCCCCCCCGUAUUUACUCAAGAAGAGCGCUAUAAGAUGGUCCGUGCUAUAAAAUGGGUUGAUCAGGUUGUAGAAGGAGCACCCUAUGUCACAACCUUGGAAACCUUAGAUAAAUAUCAGUGUGACUUUUGUGUGCAUGGAGAUGACAUAACAGUAACAGCAGAUGGAAUAGACACAUAUCAUUUAGUAAAAGAAGCUGGGAGAUACAGAGAAGUUCCGAGAACAGCCGGAGUUUCUACAACAGAUUUGGUUGGAAGAAUGCUCCUACUCACUAGGGAACAUUUCAAGAGAGGUGACAAAGAGUAUUCAGUAGCGCUGGAUCACUCCUCAAACCUUGGCACCGAUUCAACCGCCAGGUCUCCUUAUACCGGCUGCUCACAGUUCUUGCCAACAACCCAGAAGAUAAUACAAUUCAGCAGUGGCCUUUCUCCCAAGCCUACGGACAAGGUGGUGUAUGUUGCGGGUGCAUUUGAUCUCUUCCACGUCGGCCACCUUGAUUUUCUGGAAGCUGCGAACGCGCAAGGCGAUUUCCUAAUCGUGGGCCUGCACACCGACCUCGAAGUCAAUCGCUACAAAGGAUCCAACUACCCUAUCAUGAAUUUACACGAGCGUGUACUGUCUGUGCUCGCUUGUAAGUAUGUGCAUGAAGUAGUGAUCGGAGCUCCGUACAGUGUGACCGCUGAACUGAUGGAUCAUUUCAAAGUGCAAGUGGUCUGUCAUGGACUGACACCGAUAUCCACCGACGCCGACGGUUCCGACCCCUAUAAGGUUCCCAAACAACGUGGUUGUUUUAAGACUUUAAAUUCUGGAAACUCUAUGACGACGGAGGACAUCGUUCAAAGAAUAAUUCGCCACCGCCUCGAAUUCGAGGUACGAAACACGCGCAAGGAGCAGAAAGAAUUGUCUCUUGUGAAAUCCUUAGAGAAAAAUCAUAUAAAACAAAAUGGCGAUUGUCAUGUUAAAAAUGAUUCUAGUUAAUUGAAAAAUAACUUACUGUCGACAAAUUUCGUUACAUUCUCUUAAAUAUUCAAUUCGUAU